AUGGCUGACAGAAUCACAACUGCCUUUGGCCACGCUGUGCCUCCAGCGCCGCGCCAUGCAGUUACUGUUCAUAUGCCUGGGUGGCAGACCGUACAGAAAUAUGGUGCUGAUCCACGUUCGGUCAUUGCCACUUUUCACAAUGCUUACCCUCGAGCGAAGCCACAUAGAGACAUUGUCAAUCUCGCCAACACCGUUUUGAGCCAUCUCGGUCUUAGUGACCAUACUUGUUUCUUAUUCAGUUCAUUGGCAUCGGCCGAAGAAUGUGUGGAAUAUUGUACAUCACCGCGGCGCAUCGACGGCGACAGGGGCCCUAUACCGCGGGGUGUCAUUCAGAUUCGAGCUUUUGUAGCAAAAGAUCGCUUUUGGGCGGUUGUCUUUCCUUCAGAAUGUGCCUCUAUUGCAAUCGGCUUCUGGAGCAAACCGGGGGUCGGUGUGUCGUCACGGUUUGCAGAGGCGAACUUGUCAAUGACCAACCGGCUUGCCGAAAUGACCAUACUCAAUGAAGGCGAUCCCAGACCAAGCUUCGAGACCGCGAAACACGCGGCUCUAAGAGAUCGGAUUAUCUCCUACCUGAAGCGGGCGACACUGCAACCUACAGGAAAGAAGCCUUCUUCAAAUGAUGUUUAUCUCUUUCCGACCGGCAUGGCUUCAAUCUACAAGCCUCAUACGUACCUUAGCAGUCUUUACCAUGGCACGACGAUACUCUUUGGCAUGGCUUUUAUGGACACACUGACAACAUUUCAAGAAUUUGGAUCCGGCUUUAAGUUCUUCGGCCUGGGUUCAGAUGAAGACUUAUCAGCGCUUGAGGCAUUUCUCCGCGAAGAGCGCGACCAGGGCCGCAAAGUACAAGCAAUCUGGGCAGAAUUCCCAGCCAAUCCUAUCCUUGUCACGCCAGACCUCAGUCGACUUCGGGCCCUGGCCGACGAAUACGAUGCUAUCUUGGCUAUCGACGAUACCAUUGGAAGCUAUGCGAAUAUCGACAUUACACACAUGACCGAUAUUCUCGUUACAUCCCUUACCAAAUCCUUCAAUGGUUACGCCGAUGUAAUCGCCGGUUGUGCCAUUCUUAAUCCUGCUUCCCGCCACUACGACGCACUCAAAUCUUUAUUCAACACCCAAUAUGUACCGGAGCUUUAUGUUGAUGAUGUGGAAGCUCUUGAGCGCAACAGCCGCGAUUAUCUCACAAGGACAACCAAAUUGAAUCACAAUGCGAAGGCUCUGACCGAUUAUUUACAGACAUGUGCCGAAGACUCCAACAGCGCUGUCACCAGAGUUCACUAUCCUAGUGUCAACCCUUCUGGAGAGCACUAUCGGCAGUUUAUGCGUCUGGAGACACCACAAUUCACUCCUGGCUAUGGCUGCCUUUUCAGUGUCGAGUUCGAGGACGUUGAAGCCACUGAGGCCUUUUACAAUAAUCUCAAUGUCCACAACAGCGUGCAUCUUGGUGCGCCGUUCACCCUUGCUUUUGCAUACACGGCGUGUACAUACGCCAAGAAGUUGGACUGGGCGGCAAGCUAUGGCCUGAAGCCUACUCAGAUUAGGAUUACAGCAGGUCUGGAAGACAUCGAUCUGUUGCUAGAGGGGUUCAAAUCCGCUGUGGAAGCGGCCAAUCAGGUCAAAAUCGCGGCGAGGCGGUGA